AUGAAUAAAUUUGCAAAAGAACGUUUUCGUAAUGAUACACAACUUCGUGAUCGAUUACACGGUCACAUUAGCCCAUGUAUUCUUCGUGAUUUAACUUACUUCGAUGUUGGAACUAGUUUUUUAUCCGAUUCAUUACAUAAUAUAUACCAUGGUGUGGUGAAACGCUUGCUUCAUCUUUGGUUCAAAAAAAAGUAUAAAAAAGCACAAUGGAGUAUUUGUUCGAAGUUAAAUGUAGUUAAUCGUUAUUUAUCUUCAAUAAAGUAUCCAUCAACGACUGUUCGCAUACCGCGUUCUCUAUCAAAAUAUGAAAAGUUCAAAGCCAACGAAGCUCGUGGCAUUCUUUUAUUUGGUUUUCCUGCUUUCUGUUCUGUUUUACCGCUUCAAUACGCAAGACAUUUGCUUUUGCUGGUUGUUGGAGUGCACAUAGCUGAAUCUCGACAAAUUCGUCGUAUACAAAUCGAAGAUAUUCGUUUAUUGUUUCAUCGUUUUCUAAAACUGUUUCCAGUUCUAUACACACCACGGCAUAAUUCUCAAUCGGUUCAUAGUUUGCAUCAUGUAGCUGCAAGUGUGGCUGAAUAUGGUUCGUUGAGUAAUUAUUCGACUUUCAAUUUUGAAAAUGUUUUAGGUUUAAUAACUUCUACAGUUCAUUCUACACGUCGACACGAAUGCGAAAUUCACAACAACUUGAAAAUUCUUCGUUCAGCACUAAUUGAAUUUGAUCGUUCUUCAUUCAACAGCAACCUAAAACGUUUCAUCAAUAUCACUCAAUCAACAAAACGUUCGUUUUUAUUAUCAUCUAUUAAUGAAAAUCAAACCGUUCAGUAUCGACAAGAAGAUCUAAACGAAAAUGUUCGCGUCGAACUUCAAAAUAUUCUUCGUCAAAAAGAUUUAAAACUAUUUAAAACAUGUUAUAUUUUUACAAAUCGUUUUUCAGUGAUGGUAUAUUGUUCAUCGAGUCAAAAAGACGAUAGUUGUUUAUUAUUUUUACUUGCUGGAAAACCAUCUAUCGGAUUCAUACAAAAUAUCAUUCAAGUUCGCCGACGUGAAUUACUUUUACGCAUUUGUAAAGUCAACAUAAGAGACCAAUUGUGCCUUACGUUUGAUCAAAACAAAAUAUCGUGUCCUAAUAUCUUUCAUGGAGAUAUUGAUAUUAACAAUUAUGUCUUCAUUAAAUCUGAAGCCAUUAUUGAAAAGAUUGUGUAUACCUAUAACAAUCAGUUGAAGUGCUAUGUAUUUUGUCGUAUACCAAAUCUUUGUGAAUCUUCAUAA